AUGGAUGCAGCUUAUCUGAACACGACACCUGUCUCGACCUCAGUGGUUAGACCUGGCCGCACGGAAACAACCAUCCUCCUGGUUUACUUUCUUCUGGUCGUGAUACUGGGAGUUCCCGGCAACUGCCUCAUCCUCCGCGUGUACUGGGGCAAAACCAACAAGUCCAGCACCAAUGUUCUCAUAAUGGGGCUGGCCCUCUCGGACCUGAUAGUCUGCCUGACACGACCGUACGACAUCGCUUGGUACUCGGCGCCUCUGACCAGUGCCGAUGUGCCGAAUAUCUACAGUCGGUUCGACUGUUGGAACAACACGAUCAUCGGUACCUCUAUCCUGAUAACCGCUGUGAUCGCAGUGGAUCGCUACGACUGUAUCUGCCGUCCCAACCGGCGCAUCAUGACGUACGCACGGGCCCGGAAAGCCCUUUUUGCAGCCCUUUCAGCUUCCGUAGCAGCCAACACCCCGCUUUACGUGCACACAUAUCUAGGCGCCGAUGCCCCACCACCUCUGAUUGUUGUGAUGAACGCGCUGCAGAUCAUGGUGUUUGCAACUGCCCUGGUGACUAUUUUGGUGUUCUACAGAAAUGUGUACUUGACCAUACGGAAACACGUUCAAAUCGGGGCCGCACCGGCAAGAAGUGCUCAGCAAGGUCGAACAGCGUUGGCUUCUUUAGCCAUUGCAACUGUGUCGGCGAUGAUGUUCAUGCACAUGAACGGCUUGUCUGCUCUCCCAACUUCAAAUAUUGACAUCAAAUUAUUCAGGGUUCAGACACGCUUAUCGAACAACCGUGAGACGGCUCAAAGCAGUGAUAUGCCAAGGUCGAGCAGAGGAGUUGCCAAUGAUGAGGCGAACAUAAGCGAGAAUCGGCAAAAACGAGCGCUUACACGGCCAUUCCGCUUAUUACCACCGCACAUCGGGCGUAGACAGGCAACACCGACACUGCAGCGUCGGACCACCGCCAUGCUGUUCAUCACCAGUGUGGUAUUCCUGUUAUCGUGGCUGCCCUACUGGAUCUUUUCCUUGUGUAAUAUAUUUGGCGUGAACUCCGAUUUGCUUCUGUAUCUCCUAAAUCUUCUCUACCUAAAUCAUGCCGUCAAUCCGUUUAUUUAUGGCCUGGCCAACAAAAGGUUCCGCAAAGAUUGUAGAGAUGUUUUCCGGAAGUUGGGACGCUGCUAG